AUGAUAAGGUCCUUGCGCCCCGGCCGUCUCCUUCGACUUUGCCGUGGGCCUUAUACUCCCAGUCCGCUUGCACUUCCGUGUCUUUCCCUUUCUCGCGCGCAUUCCCGACCCUCUUCUACAACUAGGCGCCCGUUGACGCUCGAGGAACACAAGUUCAUCUGCAAGUACACCGAUUUAUCAAAAUCCCCUGUCAGUCUCAAGAGUCGCAAUCCUGAUGUCUGGAUCCCGUCUCUUGUGUCAUGUUUGAAAACACCACAAAAGAGACAGCAGCCUGCGGCCUCGGUCAGAUCAACGGGAACAAUCACUCAACAUGCCAAAGAUCUCGAUAGAGGUCAUGCUCUGAUGAGCUAUCUGUGGCUGGCAAAGACAUGGAGGGGAAUGGAUCUUCUAGCGCAUCUGGGAUUCAACCUGAAACAAUGGUCUACCGUGCACGCACUAUUGAACGAGUUGAUCGAUACGUAUGAGUUACUUGCCCCCUUCAUGGGAGUCAAGAAUCCUGCCCCAAAUCUUGAGUGGUCCAUGGCAGAUUCAGGCCUCUCUUUGAACUCUCUAUCUUUUCUUAAAUUAUCCAGCUCCGAGCUUAAACAGGUGCAAUUACCUGCCUCUAAACUUGAUCUCAACGUCGCCACGAGAAUACCUGCUGUGGAUAACUUUGGCCAGAGAAUAUUGGGGUCGGUGCUAAUGAAUCUGGGAUCAUUGGUGUUAUCAGCUGCAGAUCAUUCUGCAACCGAGUCCAAAUUCGCAAUGUCAUGCGUGUUCCGUAUCCUUGCUCGUUUGCACCACUUGGGACUGAUUUCCGACAAGGUUUACCAGUAUCAGCCUGCGGACCCAGAUCAAAUUUCAUUUCGACCUCCAGGACUAAAUCUUUUGUCGACUCACAUUAUGACUGUUCUUUCAGAUGCGGCAUGGCUUGAACAUGAAACUACCCUUGCGAAUACCGCUACCAAAGCUGGAGAGGAGCCGCCAUUUCUUCCCUUCAAUGUGGGAUUCCGGGAGCUUGGCCCAGAGAUCUGGCUGGAACUUAUUCUCUGGUGCUGUGUCGAGCAUGGAUUCUCCAAACAAGGCGCUGAAUUGUUGAGGAAUAUGAGCAAACGGACCGAUGACCGAGCAUGGAAAAUCGCAAGCUGGGCGCCUCUAGUUCGUUCUCUCGAUACAGUCCGACAGACUGAUAUCAGUAAAGAGGAAUCUUGGCGCCGCCCAGACAAUGACGAGCCGCUCCGUCGGUUCAAAAAUGACGAGCGACCCCCAUUCAACGGUCUAGGAAGGCGGACUAUUAGCACUGAAGUCGUUGCCUCUCUACGCGACAUGUUGCACAACAAGACUUUCGUUUCUGUUGGAACCACCGGGAUGUCAUCUUCUGAAUUACUCGACCUCACCACCUCUCUCACCCAGCUUCUUGAGCCUACUGCGACAAAGGAUGAACUCAAACUGACUAACAGGUCAACCAACUGGAAUUUCAACCGGAUGAUAGAGUCAGGUGGUCUUAUUCCCAAUGAGGACCCAAUUGCAUUCGAAAAGGUCCUGCGAUCCACUCAAAAUGUUGUUCCACCCUGGGGAGGACGGCCUAUCCCUACGGACAAACGACUCAAUGACAUUACGAAAGCACAACUAUACGAUGAAACAGCUGCCAUAUCCGGCCUCAUCGAGUAUAACGUCAGGGGCUCUGCACGCACAAUGCAAGCCGCAACGGCAUUUUCUGGGUAUGCUCGGCUUCAAAGCAUUGUUGACGCAAGCAAGUCAUAUCAUAUUAGGGAGUUCUUCGAGAAAUUCGACCAGCAUGAUUCUCCGGGUUUCUCGUUCUUCGAAUCUAGACACCUCGAUUCAAGCUUAGGAGAAUCAUCUCUUCCGCAAAUCCAAAGUGUGACCAUGGCCGAGUUGCUCGAUCUAGUUACAAAUUGUCGAGCGUUUGACUUUGGAAAUUGGUUGCUCUUCAACAACGACAUUGAUGGCCCCCCGAUCGCCAAAGCUUCAUACGGCGACCAAGCCAUCGCACCGUCGAUUCUUCGCUUCGCAGCUGCCACGCAAAACAAAGAGCUCUCUGAUGAAGUCAUCGCAGCGCUUAGUCCACCACUGAGCACUAAUACGCUCAAAGCUGUUUUAAACUUGCACAUCUCAAUGGAGUCAUGGGAUCGAGCACAUUUCACUCUAGGGUUCAUGCGCGACUAUAGGGCAAAGUCAUGGGGCUUCAGCAAUAUCACUGCACUAGCAGCCAAAAUUAUUAGGCUCGAUGGAUCCAUUCAGCGCAAACUGGCAAGCGGGUGUCAGUCAGCAGAAAAGGAACAAGAAAGCCUCGCUAGGGCAUCUGACCUUCUCAUUCGUCUCUUCCAGGGAGAGUUCUCUACGUCGCCCAGCAAGAGCGAACGCGUAAACAAAUUUCAACGAUUAGUGCUUAAACGCCUCUGGUCGUUCGUUGACGUUCUUCCUGGUCCAUUGGUUGAUAUUCUUCCUGCUCCGAUGGUGGAUACUCUCAAGCAGGCCAGCGCAGAUCGCGCCUCGCCACGGGACAAACUUGUUCAGGUUCCCAUCAAUGCUUUUCAUGACAUCCUAUCUGCUGUGGUGGAUGUUUAUGGCAGUAAGGCAGGCAAGAAACUAUUCGAUGAGUGUUGCCUAGACGUACAAAUCCCUGCUCAAGUACGUACAAAGGCUGGUGGCGUUGUACGAUUGCACACGGCGGCUGAGCGAAAACAUCUUGAAGUUUCUGGGGACCGCAGCUUUAAUGCCCAAUGGCAUGAAUAUCGUCAAAGCAAGCUGGUCAUCCCGAACGCGAGCACCUUUCGCAUACUCGCGCAGGCUGCUUAUAGGGAGUUUGAACUUGAUGAGGCUCAUGCCAACGCGAACCAGACUUCUCCCUUCCUUUCAGCUUCGCCUUCUCGUGCGUCCCCUCUUGUCACGCCAUAUUCGCUUGUCAACCCUUCUCGGCGGAACGAUUCCCAAGAGCCAACACUCAAGGAUGAACCAAAUUCAAGCGCCAUCCCGCCCGCCACAGAGUCGGAGGCCAUCCUUGACUUCUGUGUCAGAAAAUUCAUUCAGGAAAACAUGGAGGAGAGUUCAAUUGAACUGGAACUCCCGGGAUAUAUGGCACGCAUGCGCUUCCGUGGCAUUCUUGGCAACGAGUCCUUCCACCCCCCCUAG